GUACAUUUUCCAGAUUUUGUACAUGUUUUGUGUACAAUAGUCCCACUGCAACUCUGAUUCAUUUGGACUUGGAGGCGUUCCCAAGAUUAUUUUGAGUGGCUUCACUGGCUGACGAAAACCAUGAUUUCAAAAUCCUGAACAAAACAUUAAGGAGUUGUUCAAGAAGUGAAAAUGAGGCGCAAGUUUUUCAGGUGUUUCACUUUUGGAAUAGGUUUUAUGAUCUUCACAUGGCUCAUCACAAUGGGCUUGUAUAGUCAUUUGAAUCGCACGGAACAAGACCGCUUGAGAUCUAGUAAUGAAAUACCCAGGGCAAGAUUAAAACCUAGAAAAGUUGUGAAAGACUAUGAUGGAGUUGCAAAUGUUGUGCAAGACAUUGACAGACAGGACAAUGAGAUUUUGAGAUUUGAUAAAUCUCGUGAAGGUGAAGAUCGGCAUGGCUUCAUGAAAAAUGGUGCUCGGAAGGAUGCAAUAGAGACUGUAGAUCUUGUUGAAUUGGGGAAAGUGCGAUCUCCGGAGGAUCAGAUGAUUCGUGACAAAGGAUAUCGAAAGUACGCUUUCAAUGCUCUGAUAAGUAACCGAUUGAGCUUCACGAGAACUAUUCCAGAUGUCAGAAAUAAAUUAUGCAAAACUCGAAACUAUCCAGAAAAUCUUCCUCGCGCGAGUGUUAUCAUUUGCUUUUAUAAUGAGGCCUACUCGGCGCUACUGAGGACAUUCCACACUGUCUUGGCAAGGUCACCAGAAAACCUCAUCAAGGAGAUUAUACUUGUGGAUGAUUAUAGUUCUGAAGAUGAUACUAGAGACAGGUUGGAGUCUUAUAUCAGAAGUUAUCCGAAGAUCAGCAUCAUCAGGACAAAGAAGAGAGAAGGGCUAAUCAGGGCAAGGAGCCUUGGGGCAGAACAUGCUACUGGGGAGGUCAUCGUCUUUCUGGACAGCCACUGCGAGGUAAACCAGGAAUGGUUAGAACCGCUUCUGGGUAGAAUCAAGGAGGACCGACGCAACGUGGUCGUUCCGAUCAUCGACAUCAUCAAUAUGGACUCGUUCCGGUACGAGGCAUCACCUCUGGUGCGUGGAGGGUUCACCUGGGGGUUACAUUACAGAUGGGACCAAGUGCCCCAAGAGAUGUUGAAGCCAUACUCAAAUAUAGCUAAUCCUAUUGCGAGCCCCACCAUGGCUGGUGGUUUGUUUGCUAUGGAUAGAACUUACUUCAUGGAGCUAGGAGAAUAUGAUAAGGGAAUGGACACCUGGGGUGCAGAGAAUCUAGAAUUAUCUUUUAGGAUUUGGAUGUGUGGUGGUCGAUUAGAAAUCAUUCCAUGUAGCCGAGUUGGUCAUAUCUUUAGGAAGGUGCGGCCGUAUGGGGAUCCUGCGGGUCAGAACAGUAUGAUGAAAAAUUCAAUACGUCUGGCUAAAGUCUGGAUGGAUGAUUAUAUUAAAUAUUUCUACCAGACUCGCCCGAGUGCCCGACAGUUCCAAGGCGGCAAUAUUACUGAGCGUGUUGAGCUGCGCAAGAAGCUAAAAUGUCAAUCAUUUGAGUGGUAUUUGAACAACAUCUAUCCACAACAAACCCUACCGAGUGCCCAAAACAUUCAAGCUACGGGAAAGAAACAAAAAUUUUACAAACCUGUUUAUAAAAGACCUUUAUUGCUUAGAGUGCACAACACUGACCUAUGUAUCCAGUCAUCAGAAACGUACUACAGUAAACGUGCCUUGCUUAUUCUAAAGCCUUGUGACGAGAAUGAACGAGGACAGACUUGGUUUGAGACUGAGGAUCAUAGUCUGGUCCUCGGUAAGAUGCUGUGCUUGGAUGCAGACGGAAAGGUGGAGAACCCGUUCAUUAGGAUCAUGAAAUGUUACGGCAAACGGGGACCACAGGAGUGGAAUUGGAAAGGCAUGAUGUUAUUUAACCCGUUCCUCGGCAUGUGUGUUGCGGCUACGAAACUAAAAGAUGGUGCGUAUAUUGAGAUGAGGGCGUGUGAUCGGAAUGACGCGUUGAUACAGAUUGAUCAGGUGCCAGGGUUCCACUUCUAGAGCCGACAUCAAAGGAUCAAAAGGCGAUGUCACUUUCAUAUCUUUUGUUACAGUCUCGAGGAGUCAUCAUGUAUCUUUGCAAAAAACGUCCUUGUAUUUCACUGCCUAAGCAAAGCUGUUUUUUAAGAUAUUAAAUAAUGGAAUUAUAUUAUAGUCCAAGUCCUUUUGAAUUGUGUUGGCUUUCAUGAUUUUGUUUUGAUGGUAAUUGCUGUUUUGUCGGAACUCAUUGGUGCAUAGUUUUCAUGAGGGUACCAUCCGGUCUAUAGUCUUCCACUUUUUGACACAUUUUCAUCAUUUGGUUUGUUAAACGUCAAAGAAAUUCAGCCAGUCGUUCAUGCUCCAGAGCCCCACAUGCGGCAGACAAUACACUUACAUUACAAAUGGACCAUAGUAUUAAUCAAUUUGCUAUCAUUGAUAAAUUCAUCAGCUUUUAGCUUGUUGAAUAUCAUACCCAUCUCACGGGCAACAGAAUUCUCCAUAAUUGAUAGUGAUGGGUAGUAUGAAGGACUCGGGAACCAGAUUUUGAAAAAAAUGUAGUCUUGUCACAAUUGUUACUGUUUGUUAAAUAUUUUUGAUGAUGUAACAGCAGUAAUAUAAGAUAACAUCAUUUUGUUAUGGAAGUUUUAAUGUAAUGAAUAGUUUAAAAUUUAAAAUGUACGUGUGUGUGCCUUCUGUCAAUGUAUAUGUAUUUGUUAUGAGUUCUGUGAAAGAAGCCAAUAUGUUCCAGAAUUAAGAUAACCUUGCUGUGAGAAACUGAGCGGUUGCUAUUUUAAAUACAAUUGAGCAAAUAGUGGGCUCGAUUCCAGUGGUUUGUCCAAUAAUAAGUGCCGAAUUCUGCAUCCCUGAAUUCUGAGCCAAUUAGAUCACUCGAUUGUGGGGUUAAUUUCCGUUUAAAAAAUUAGUGAAUUCAGAUCUGAUGUAGUAUGAAGAUGUAGUUAUGUAUAUUUUAUUUUAUAUGAAUGAUGCAUUUGUUGAUGAUGUAUAGCAAUAAAGUAUUUUUAUUGUGAA